AUGGCGCAAAGUGACAAGCGCCGCAACUGGUCGUGGGAGGAGGACAAGGUCCUGCUAAUUCAAGCUGCCAUGGACCGGCCGUUCGGGGCUGAAAAAGGCCAAUUGACGAAAGCGUGGCAGGCCAUGGCGGACACGAUGAUGUCUUGUGACCACUUCACCAGGGUGGUGGACGGCAGAAAGGUGCAAAACCGCUUUUCUGCACUUGUCGAAGAGCAUCGUCGUUUCGACAAGGCCUUGGCAAGGGUCCCGGCACCGAUGAAGAAGAAGCACAUCCUUCUCGACGACGUUGUUGCUCUCCUCGACGAUGCGAGAGAUGUAGCAUCGCAGAAGACGAGCAACAAUGUAGUCGAGAAGGAAAAGGCUGAACAAGGAGCGCUCCUUGUUCGCGACAUGGCCAUGCGUACAAUGAAACGUCGCAACGAGAACGAUCCUGACGAGCUCAAGAAGAAGCCAGCCCUCGACAAUCGUCGAAACAGCUUGGCUGCUGCCAUUGAGGCUGAGAGCGAGCGCGAGUUGGCGGUGCGUGAAAAAGAGCUGCUCUUCCAACAGUUUAAGCUUGAGUCCGAGAUAAAGCAGCGAGAGCUGGAUCGCGAGGAAAGAAAGGCCGAGCGCGAACACCAAAUUCUACUGGCGCGAAUCGACAACGAAAAAAUGUUGGGCAUGUUCAAGGCUAUUGCAGAGAGCAAGAAGUAGGAUUUAAUCAACAAUCAUGAUCCGAUG